AUGUCAUCGGGCAAGGACAACAGCGGUCAUUAUGCCAACUAUGUGGGACCGUAUCGCUUGGAGAAGACGCUCGGCAAAGGACAGACAGGUCUGGUGAAGCUGGGCAUCCACUGCGUCACGUGUCAGAAAGUAGCCAUAAAGAUUGUCAACAGAGAGAAACUGAGCGAGUCAGUUCUUAUGAAGGUGGAACGAGAGAUAGCCAUCCUGAAACUCAUAGAACAUCCCCAUGUUUUAAAGCUGCAUGACGUAUAUGAAAAUAAGAAAUAUCUGUACCUGGUGCUAGAGCAUGUGUCUGGUGGGGAGCUUUUCGACUAUCUGGUCAAGAAGGGCAGGUUAACACCAAAAGAGGCCAGGAAGUUCUUCCGACAGAUCAUCUCCGCCUUGGACUUCUGCCACAGUCACUCCAUAUGCCACAGAGAUUUGAAGCCAGAGAACCUGUUGCUGGAUGAGAAAAAUAACAUCAGGAUAGCAGACUUCGGCAUGGCGUCUCUGCAGGUCGGGGACAGCCUGCUGGAGACCAGCUGUGGAUCUCCACAUUAUGCCUGCCCAGAGGUCAUCAGAGGAGAGAAAUAUGAUGGGAGGAAGGCAGACGCGUGGAGCUGUGGGGUUAUCCUCUUUGCACUUUUAGUGGGUGCCCUACCCUUUGACGAUGACAACCUGAGGAACCUCCUGGAGAAGGUGAAGCUCGGAGUUUUCCACAUGCCCCACUUUAUCCCUCCAGAUUGUCAGAACCUCCUACGUGGUAUGAUCGAAGUGGAUGCCACCAAGAGACUCACGUUAGAACAAAUCCAGAAGCAUACAUGGUACCUUGCUGGGAAGAACGAGCCCGAGCCGGAGCAGCCUGUUCCCAGGAAGGUGGCAAUCAGGACCCUGGCCUCAGCCGAGGAGAUUGAUCCUGAUGUCCUGGAGAGCAUGCACUCCCUGGGCUGCUUCCGGGACAAGACCAAACUCACCAAAGACCUGCUCUCUGAGGAUGACAACCAGGAGAAGAUGAUCUAUUUCCUCCUCUUGGAUCGCAAAGAAAGAUACCCCAGCCAUGAGGAUCAGAACCUGCCUCCUCGCAAUGAAAUAGACCCGCCUAGGAAGCGCGUGGACUCGCCCAUGUUGAGUCGCCAUGGCAAAAGGAGACCAGAGAGGAAGUCCAUGGAGGUGCUCAGUGUCACUGAGGGAGGGUCCCCUGUACCUGUACGACGAGCCAUUGAUAUGGCUACACAUGGGCAAAGAUCACGGUCUAUUAGUGGAGCGUCCUCCGGUCUGUCUACCAGUCCUCUUAGCAGUCCCAGGGUGACCCCCCACCCUUCCCCCCGAGGGAGCCCUCUCCCCACCCCAAAAGGCACCCCAGUCCACACGCCCAAGGAUAGCCCAGCUGGCACACCCAGCCCCACACCGCCACCCAGCCCCUCCAUUGGGGGCGUACCCUGGAGGACACGCCUCAACUCCAUCAAGAACAGUUUCCUUGGCUCACCUCGCUUCCACCGCCGGAAAAUGCAAGUUCCUACCCAGGAGGAUAUGUCCAGUCUCACCCCUGAUUCUUCUCCAGAGCUGGCCAAGAAGUCAUGGUUUGGUAACUUCAUCAACCUGGAGAAGGAGGAACAGAUCUUCAUAGUGAUCAGAGACAAACCUCUCAGCUCCAUAAAGGCAGACAUUGUCCAUGCCUUUCUUUCUAUCCCAAGUCUGAGCCACAGUGUGAUCUCCCAGACCAGUUUCCGGGCAGAAUACAAGUCCACAGCCGGUCCCACAGUGUUUCAGAAGCCGGUGAAGUUCCAGGUGGACAUCACCUACUCUGAGAGCACCAGCGCCACCAAGGAGAAUGGCAUCUACUCCGUCACCUUUACCCUGCUGUCAGGGCCUAGCCGGCGUUUUAAGCGUGUAGUUGAGACCAUUCAAGCGCAGCUCCUCAGCUCCGACCAGCCCGGCAUCCAGCCCCAGAUAUCCGGCAGCCCGUUGAGUAACUUCUUUGACGUAAUUAAACAGCUUUUUUCAGACGAGAAGAACAUCCAAGCAUCCCACUCCCCUGGUGCCCCCGCCACGUCUAGCCCCCCCACCAAGCAUGCCCCCAGCAGCAAGCCUAACCAGACCCCGCCCACUGACUCUAAAUGCCCCCCCGGCAAAGACAAAACAAAGAUGGCCACCAGCAACAGGACACAGGAACAACCUUAAGGAGUGGUAGACAUGCAUGACUAGACGAUAACCAGUUACCGAGUCUUUAAACACCUACAAACCUGAGGGGAGAAUGACAUAGGAGAGCUGCUAAUUUUGCCCCUUAGUUAGAAGUGUUGCUCUAACAAGAAAAGAAAAAUCUAC